UAAUGUCAUGUUGAUUCAUGUUGAAAUGGUCGGAGGAAAUUGCCGGACGGCCGGCAAGGGCCGGUCGUGGUCGCGCUGCCCGCACACAGCGGAUGCAGCGUGCCUGCAGUCAGUCCAGAGCGGGCGGACAUCGUGCGUUCAUGCCCGUGGGGCAUCGCGCAUAGCCCUGCCCGCAGCAGCAUUCCGUUGGCAGUGCCAGUGCACGCCAGCAGUAUUUUCCAUGUGUUCGAUAAUGUUGAACUUUUCCAAUGUUCAGAUGUCGCCACGUAGGGAGCCAGAUCGUCUGGCUGUUCCCCAGGCCACCGUAGUCGCUCAAUUUCGCGACUAUCAUCCUGAGAAAUUCUCCGGCCAGGGAGAUCCUCGAGUAGUUGACGAAUGGGUUCAGGCCCUUGAAAUGAUUUUCGAGGUCAUGGACUGUCCCGAGCGUUAUCGCGUGCUUUGCGCACAGAUCCAAUUGACGGGUGACGCACGUCUAUGGUGGAACGCCUACUGGGGAAUGCGUCCAGGAGAUAAGGAAGGCUGUACGUGGGACAGGUUCAAGGAGUUGAUUCGAGAAAAAUAUUAUCCUGCGUACUAUCGAGCCGAAAUGGAACGUCAAUUUAUGUCACUCCAGCAAGGUACUCGUACGGUGGACGAGUACGCGCGAGAGUUUACUCGACUCGGAGCCUUU